UAAUGUUUUUGUAAACAAACCUUAUUCAUCAGCUGUUUACCGCUAUGAAUAUUCUUAAAGAGCUUCGGAUUUUGUUCCCUAGCAAGGAUUUUUUCUCCACGAUAUCAGCUAUAAAUUCCAAAAAACUUUUUCGUGAUGUAAUAAGAAUAGUGAUUGAGCCGUUUGUUAGCGAAGACGUUGAUGUUGAACGUUUGAUAGCUUCCGAAUUUGCGCGGUGUAAUCUUCUUCGGAUUGGCAUAGUUUAUGAUUUGGUACAUGGUAGUUUGCAUACUGGAGAAUGGCAUGCAGUCCCGACAGAAGAAAGAGAACUGUUCACAAUCUUAAGCUUUCUUAGGAUAAUCUACAUGGUACUUUACGUCAGAGAGAGUAACGAACUGCUAAGUGAUGCCACUUAUAUUGCUGAUAUAGGGCUAAUGUUGGGAUCCAGAGUUUUUGCAAACCCUAAUCAACCGGACUUAUGUCUGCUGACAGAAGUGGCCACUGUUUUGACGGAAGCGAAUGGAAAACACCGGAAUGAGCCUCCUUUGAAGCGUAUAAAAAUCUAUUCUGAUGAUAACAUACAUAUACAAUGCGAUAUUCCUGUUUUGUACUGUCCAACCAUGGAAUAUUUUGGCACUCACCACUACGACAAACAGGAACCAGUUCUACUUCGAGGUGUUAUUGACGAUUGGCCAGCAAUGCAAAAGUGGCAUGAUCCCAACUAUCUUAUCGAACUAGCAGGUGAAAGAACCGUACCGGUGGAGAUCGGAUCUCAGUACAGUAAUGAAGAUUGGUCGCAGGGUUUGGUGAAAUUCAAGGAUUUCCUAUUCGACAAUCUGGGAACACCAUCAUCAGGAGAUAAACCUCAAAAUUGCGGCAAACGGGCCUAUUUGGCGCAACAUGAGCUGUUCGACCAAAUCCCGAAACUGCGAUCGGACAUUUUCGUACCGGAUUAUAUCGGAAGAACUGAUCUGAGUCCACGCAUUAAGGCGUGGCUUGGUCCAGCAGGAACAAUAUCACCGUUGCACACCGAUCCUUGUCAUAAUUUGCUGUGUCAGGUUUUUGGCAGCAAAACAAUUAUGCUUGCAUCUCCCGCGGAUACACCGAAUGUUUACCCACACGAACAUUUCAUCCUAAACAACACCUCUCAAUUGGAUAUGAAGCACUUGGACUACUACCGAUAUCCGAAGGCCCGGACAGUUCGAUUCCGUCGGUUAGUGCUUCGUCGCGGGGAGGUCCUGUACAUCCCGCCAGGUUGGUGGCACUACGUGGAAUCGCUUGCACCUAGCUUUUCGGUGAGUUUUUGGUUUGAAUAAACCAGGUGGAUAGAGUCUGUUGAAUAAUUACACCAGAUCUGGACUGCUUCAGUUAACACC